AUGGCAGCAACAACUUCUGCAGACGACUAUGUCGUGACUCCGACGCCAUACCCUGCGCGUACAAAGACUGCCACUGUAGCGAUCAAGAACACCGAAACCACAGCAACCACGGUCAACUUCGCAGACAAGAUCCUUAUCACCGUCACACAAAACGGGCGAUUGGCGCAUUGGGUUCAUGUUCCACUUGAUAUCUCGGCGACGGAUGCGGCGAUGACCUCAAACGCCUACCUUGAACGCGACGAAGAGGACCCCAACUCGGACCUCCUUCCCAUGCACCACCUCACGGCUACAACUAUUCUCGGCGGCACAGUGGCAGAACUUGAUGUCCUCGGCCAAACACUUGCGACGCAGAUCGCUAGCGCUAUCAAGCAACGCGAUGAUAGAGAGACCCGGAUGGUAGUAGUGGGUAUGGGCCUGGACAAGAACAUGGUUGGGAGGGAAGCAUUCAGCGAGUUGGUUGGACUGGUCUUGGGGGUCAUAUGAAAAGUCGUAUAUUCCGAGCCAGCUAUUCUAUGCAGUGCUCACAACAUGCUCAGCGACAAUCGCUGCUGUAUCAAGUCCUGGUACCGAAACGCCGCCCAAUGCAAACUCGACCUGAUAUAUCCUAUACACUCUCGCGAAGCUUGUUGAUCAACACGUCGACUGACUCCAUGUCGUUGGCGUCGAGCUGCCCUUCUGGCUUGAACUCGUCGGGCAUGUGCUCCACUGCAGCAUCAAGGGCGGCCUGGAAGUUGCGCACGGAAGACGAAAGGGCGAAUAUGGCCUUCUUGCGGACCUUGUUCUCGCUAUCUGAGGUUGCCAUGCGCACAAGUUUGGGGAUAGCGCCAACUACAAGGAGCUGCGAUUAGUUAGCGAUGCUGUCUAUGAGGUUCAAGUGUCAAGGGCAACUUACUCGUUCCUGGGUUCGCAUGUUGUUCUGCACAGCGGUUCCGCAGCACCAUGCAGCAUAGAAUCGCAGUUCAGACUCUUCGUUCUCCAGUUGCUCGACGAGGGGCAUCCAUAGCCCCAGGCUCUCGAUGUUGUUCGCAUUGUCGAGGUUCUCGAUGAGUUGCUCAAAGUUGUCGAAUGCGGUGGUCCGGUGCUCCAGUUCGGCGUCCUUGUUACGAAUGACUUGCAUACUCUGCUGCAUCAAUUCCGCGUCCGAAGGCCCUGACAUGCCUGUCAUGAGGCGUUGCAGGGCCUCGACAUCGAUUUUUGGCGGCGGCUGGUCUGCAGCAGCAGCAUCGGCGCGCGAGGCUUCGGAGUUUUGGAUACCCCACUUGAGAAGGUUGUUAAGUCCCGGGUCGUUCAUGAUGUCGUGUAAAGGUUGGUGAGUCUGGUUUGUUGUGUGGAGAGUUGCGAUGUUUGCAGUGCGGGCUAUGUAGAGGCUGAAUAAUUUUGGCGGCACUUAUGACGCUGAUUGCGCCGACGCAUGCGGGAAGAGACCAGCGGCUUCGGCGACCUUCGAUGCGCCAACAGCCACGCAGGACGCAUGCUCGAGACGUGCAAUCGACACGUGACGGGUUGGAAAGACAUCGGAAUGGAAACCCGAAGAUUAAUCAGUCAGCAUUGCACUACACAUGCCAUGUUUGACAUGCAUC